CCCUGGCCGCCGCGCCAGUAGUCUCAGCCGUGAGGGACCGGGCUGCCUUGGCCCCUCCGCUUGCCGUCUUUUCCGGCAGUUGGGGCGCUUCCUGUUGUUCGCACCCGCAACCGCCCCUCGGCCCCUAUCUCAGAGACCCUCACGCGUCCCGUCCCCUCCUCUGGUCGGCUGGCUGCUGGUGCUGGGGUUUCGCUUCUCCGCACGUCGAGACCGCUGGCCCGGCCGGCGUUUGCGGCUGUCGGCCGCCCCCAGCCCUGCCUCCCCUGGGGCUCUGCAGCCAUGGCAAUGACAGGCUCAACACCUUGCUCGGCCAUGAGUAAUCACACAAAGGAGAGGGUGACAAUGACCAAAGUGACACUGGAGAAUUUUUAUAGCAACCUUAUCGCUCAACAUGAAGAACGAGAAAUGAGACAAAAGAAGUUAGAAAAAGUGAUGGAAGAAGAAGGCCUAAAAGAUGAAGAGAAACGACUCAGGAGAUCAGCACAUGCUCGGAAGGAAACAGAGUUUCUUCGUUUGAAGAGAACAAGACUUGGAUUGGAAGAUUUUGAGUCCUUAAAAGUAAUAGGCAGAGGAGCAUUUGGUGAGGUGCGGCUUGUUCAGAAGAAAGAUACAGGGCAUGUGUAUGCAAUGAAAAUACUCCGUAAAGCAGAUAUGCUUGAAAAAGAACAGGUUGGCCACAUUCGUGCGGAGCGUGACAUUCUAGUGGAGGCAGACAGUUUGUGGGUUGUGAAAAUGUUCUAUAGUUUUCAGGAUAAGCUAAACCUCUACCUAAUCAUGGAGUUCCUGCCCGGAGGGGACAUGAUGACCCUGCUGAUGAAGAAAGACACACUGACAGAAGAGGAGACUCAGUUUUAUGCAGCAGAGACGGUAUUAGCCAUAGACUCCAUCCACCAACUCGGAUUCAUCCACAGAGACAUCAAACCAGACAAUCUUCUCCUGGACAGCAAGGGCCACGUGAAACUUUCUGACUUUGGCCUUUGCACAGGACUGAAAAAAGCACAUAGGACAGAAUUUUAUAGGAAUCUGAACCACAGCCUCCCCAGUGAUUUCACUUUUCAGAACAUGAAUUCCAAAAGGAAAGCAGAAACCUGGAAAAGAAACAGACGUCAGCUAGCCUUCUCCACAGUAGGCACUCCUGACUACAUUGCUCCUGAGGUGUUCAUGCAGACCGGGUACAACAAGCUCUGUGAUUGGUGGUCGCUGGGGGUGAUCAUGUAUGAAAUGCUCAUCGGCUACCCACCUUUCUGUUCUGAGACCCCUCAAGAGACAUAUAAGAAGGUGAUGAACUGGAAAGAAACUUUGACUUUUCCUCCAGAAGUUCCUAUUUCUGAGAAAGCCAAGGAUCUAAUUUUGAGAUUCUGCUGUGAAUGGGAACAUAGAAUUGGAGCCCCUGGAGUUGAGGAAAUCAAAAGCAAUUCUUUUUUUGAAGGUGUUGACUGGGAACAUAUCAGAGAGAGGCCUGCUGCAAUAUCUAUUGAAAUCAAAAGCAUUGAUGAUACCUCAAACUUCGAUGAGUUUCCAGAAUCUGAUAUUCUUAAGCCAACAGUGGCAACAAGUAAUCACCCUGACACUGACUACAAGAACAAAGACUGGGUCUUCAUCAAUUACACAUACAAGCGCUUUGAGGGUCUGACUGCGCGGGGGGCAAUACCUUCCUACAUGAAAGCCGCAAAAUAGUUUCCUUGAAAUGGGAUCCUAAAUCGAGCAGUUCUUUGUACAACAUCAUGGUUUUCUUCUCAAAUAACUGUUUUGAAAGAGCUUCCAAGAAGUUUAUGGAACCUACCAACGUGUCAUGGUAAACUCCUGAAAUGUGAUAGUAAGUGGAUUCUCUUCCAUAAUGCAUCUGAUGACCUGUAGAACAAAGACAACCAUUUCUACUACAUCAGCCAUUAACGGCUGUCCUGCUUCUUUAGAAGCAUCAUGAGCCAAUUUGAUGUUUUAAAAAAACUUGAGUUUUCCUAAGUUCAUCAGAAUGAAGGGGGAAAAACAGCCAUCAUCCAGCAUUGAGAUUGCAACAUAUACUUACUGAGUAUCAGCCAAUUCCUGUGAUUUUGUGACAUGCUUGCUACUAAGCCCACCAAGUAUUUUUUUUUCUUUACAGCUAAAAGUUCCAUAGUACUAAGGAAAUAAAGCAAUAAAGAAAGCUUCAGUAGCCAGCAUUCUGGCUGAAGGAAAUGAUCCACCAUUCUGAGUGGGUGAUGGUGGUAGUUUCUCCCCAAACCUCAGCCUCGGGCAAGUAGCUUUUUAUAGCCUCCAUUCAUGGUGCACUUUAUUUACGGUACUAGGAUAAAGACCCUCAGUCCAUUUUGAUUUAUUUCCUUCUGCCCAUCUGAAAUACUCAACGCUGCUUUUCUGAGUGUUGAUGGGAAGAUACCAGCUUGAUCCUUUGUUGCUCUUAGAAGGCCCAGAAAGCCACUGGGCGUUGCCAAGGAGUCCCGGAUCACGUGGAAAAUCCUCACUUUCUCUUCACGGCUGUAUUAGAAAAUCCCUUUGGAUGUUGCCGUGGACUAGCAAUACCCACAAGUGCUGCCAAAAGGACCUCGGUUUAUUCCUGGGAACACAGCAAGGAGAGCAACACAGCAAGGAGAGCAACACAGCACGGAGAGCCCAGGCAGAAGCAGGAGGCCUAGGACCCUCUUGGCUAAGGUGCUGCUCCUGAUCCGUGUCCAGAACCUCCCUGCAAGUGGUGAAGGAACGAGCCCAAUACAAAGUGCAGAGCCAGCCUGCAAAUCCGUGCAAAGUUCAUGCCUCAAUCUUUGGUGCAACUGUAUUUGUAUUCUCUUAGUAUUUCUCCUCUCCCAACUUUAAGUAACCAUUUUGCCUUGGAAUCAUGAUUACAAAUUUUUCCUUUGCAGAUGCCUUCCUGGGGGAUGGUCCUCUUCACCCUAAAGGGUCACAUGCAGGCCUGGGCUGACCAGGCCUCUCUGCUGUGGUGUUCUCAAGAGAGACCCUCUGAAUUUUAGCACAAAGUGCCUUUUCUUUCACAGCUGCCACCGCCUUUAGAGGACUUUUGCUGCAUCAGAAAAAUGUGGAGGCUCCAUACUAAUGCAUUAUUACUUUAAGAAAUUUUGAUAACUCUUAAAGCAUCAUUUGCACCUAUGUGGUAACUUUGCCUGUUGCAGUGUCAUAGCCAAGCCACCGCUGGGAGACUGCUUUCUGCCAGUCUUGAGGGUUGUUAACAUCAGCUAUGAAAGGAAAGUAUGUCCUAGCUUUUAGCCAUUCAGAAAAGAAAAAUGGACUAUCAAAGUUACAGUAGUAAGUGAAACUGCUUUGGGUUUUAAUGUCUUAGAGGAAGAAAAAAGAAUAUUAGGGAAAUAUUAACUCUGGAUGAAGCUAAUGUGUUUCCCCUUAUUCUUUCAUUCAUGGUUUGCUAGUGAAAAGGAAGUGAGAUUCUUUUGUGUAACUAACUUUGUAGCUUCUUUGGAUUACCAAAUAGUUGGGGUCUUGACCCCUAUGUGGUUUGCAAGAGUGCGUGGUAAGCAUGGACAAUGAGAGGUAAUAGCGUGGUAGGUAGUCUGUGUGUUGGGGAGUGGCAGGGGAUGAUUUGUUUUGCGGGGAAUGCCCACAUUUUACCUUUUAAAUGUCUGAAUAAACCGUGUGAAAACAACAGUAUAAGUCUGUGGC